CUCUCCCCACAGCCCACCACCCCAUCUCUCUCCUCCCAGAGAAAGUCUAUUGAUUGCAUUUUCCCCGGAGCCAGGACCCCUGCGUAACUAGCAGUUUAACAAAAAAACCCUUUUCCUUUCUCAGGUUGGCUUCCAAUGGGUGGGCGGGUGAGCGCUUCUGGAAGCUUCCGGAGCGUGCCCUGCGCAAAUGCAAAUGCGGACUGGAUGUCGGCGCUGUGUCCCCGGCUCUGGGAUGUGCCCCUGCACCACCUGUCCAUCCCAGGGAGCCACGACACGAUGACCUACUGUCUGAACAAGAAGUCCCCCGUGUCCCACAGCGAGUCCCGCCUGCUGCAGCUGCUGAGCAAGGUGGUGCCAUGUGUGACGCGCCCCGUGGUGCUGAGGUGGUCUGUCACCCAGGCGCUGGACAUCACGGAGCAGCUGGACGCCGGGGUGCGGUACCUGGACCUGCGCAUCGCGCACAUGCUGGAGGGCUCGGAGAAGAACCUGCACUUCGUGCACAUGGUGUACACGACGGCGCUGGUGGAGGACACCCUCACGGAGAUCUCCGAGUGGCUGGAGCAGCACCCCCGGGAGGUGGUCAUCCUGGCCUGCAGGAACUUCGAGGGGAUGACGGAGGACCUGCAUGAGUACCUGGUGGCCUGCAUCAAGAACAUCUUUGGGGACAUGCUGUGCCCUCGAGGGGAGCUGCCCACGCUGCGGCAGCUGUGGGCGCGGGGCCAGCAGGUCCUGCUGUCCUACGAGGACGAGGCCGCGGUGCGGCGGCACCCGGAGCUGUGGCCGGGCAUCCCCUACUGGUGGGGCAACAAGGUGAAGUCGGAGGCCCUGAUCCGCUACCUGGAGGACAUGAAGAGCUGCGGCCGCCCGGGUAGGGGGCCGGCCCUCCCUCCCGGGCCCACGGAGGGGACGGUCAAGGGGGCGGCCUGGCCGGCGUCCCUCACGCUCGUCGUGUCCCGCAGGGGGCCUGUUCGUGGCCGGCACCAACCUCACCGAGGACCUGGAGUACGUGCUGGCGCACCCGGCGGGGUCCCUGAAGCAGGUGACCCUGUCCAGCCUGUCCGCGCUCAGCGCCUGGGUCCGCGAGCAGAGCCCGGGGCCCGGCGCCCGCUGCACCAACAUCAUCGCCGGCGACUUCGUGGGCGCCGACAGCUUCGUCGGCGACGUCAUCGGGCUCAACCAGAAGCUGCUGUGGGGCUGACGGUCCCCUCCGGUCAGCUGGAGGCAGCCCGGGGGGCAGCCCUGACCCAGGCUGGGCCGGCGCUGCUCCAGAUCCCGCGAGAAGACGUCCUCCGAGCUCCAGAUCCCGCGAGAACACGUCCUCCAAGCUCCAGAUCCCGCGAGAAGACCUCAAUCCCAGGGACGUGCCUGUGGUCAGGGAUGACCACAGGGUGGGUCCAGCGGGUGGGUCCCGGGCAGUCACGACCACGGGUGGGUCCAACGGAAGUGCCCUGGUCAGCCAUGGAUGUGCUCAGGGGCAUGGCCAUCACGAUGGGUCCAGCAGAUUUGUCUGUGGUCAAUGAUGACAACUGGGAUGGGUCCAGUGGGUGUGCCCUGGUCAGCUGCGACCAUGGGAUGGCUCCAACAAAUGUGCCUGUGGUCAACCAUGACUGUUGGGAUGGGCCAGUGGGUGCACCCUGGUCAGCCAUGACCGUGGAGAUGUGUCCAGUGCUGUGCUCUGGUCAGCCAUGACCAUGGGGAUGCGUCCAGCGGUGUGCCCUGGUCACCGAGGCCUACUCAACCCAACCGGCAGCAUGGCCUGUGCAGGGUGCGGAUGCUAGGAGAGGGGUCAGCGCCUCCUCACCCUGUGCUUUAGAAAGUCCCCGCUUCCAAGAGUGGACGUCCCCUGGACGGACGGGGUGGGGACCUGUGCAGAGACCCUCUUGCCGUGGUCAACACAUGGCCUGGCUGUCACCUCACUCUGACAUCGCCCUUUCCCCGGGCAGCAGGUUCCUGCGGACCUGGGUCCAUCUUGCUUUGCCAGCUGAGGGGUGGCCAGUGGGCGGUCCUGUGUCUGCUGGCCCCGCAGUGUCACAGGGGGUCUGGUCUGUGUUCUAGUCUCUGCAUCCUGGAGCUCGGGCACCUGGCCUUG